UUUCAUAAACUUAUGGGGCAGCCAGAUGGGUGUAAAAGCGUAUCCGUGUAGCAGCAAGCAACAAGGAGACAGUGCUAAAUUACUAGUCCGAUAGUUUUUUUAAAAAGUAUAAUAAAAAACAACCCGAAAUCACAUUUCCUGUUCCGUUCACACAUAAGUAAUCCCACUUUGUUGGUAGUUUCGGGAUGGAGGGGGCUCGACUUCCUCUCUCGCGGAGGCGAAAAUGAUGACAGUGUGUUGUUAGGACCGUAUGAAGUGACAGCCCCAGGAUCAUAAUAAUGUGCGAGUCCGGCAGAAGAACUCUUCAGUUUUCCCAUCGAGGGGCGUGGCACUGACAGGUGUAGAGGUGGCGAGGAUAACUUCCUGGGUCAGGGGCUUGACCCCGGCCGGAUACUGUGACGUCACCAUGGCUACGGCCGCUUCACAGAGUUGGGUUCUUGGGAUACUCAUCCUUCUUUCUGUGCUGCAAGUUGUGCACGCGUCAUGGUGGUAUCUUGGAGUUGCCAGUUCGUAUCAGUUUCUUGCAUACGAAGUGCGUCAGUCCGAUAAAAUACUCGACGACGCAUGCGCAAGUUUGCAGUUCCUGCAGCCUCAACAGCGGGAGAUUUGCAAUCAUGACGUAAAACUGCUUGAGGUCAUCAGCAGUGGAGCCGCCAUGGGCAUCGAGGAGUGCCAGCAUCAGUUCAGGGACAGGCGGUGGAACUGCACCACCUACAACAACACGAGCGUCUUCGGGCCUGUCCUCCACAUCAAGAGCAGAGAGACAGCAUAUAUCUACGCAAUCUCCUCCGCCGGCAUUAUGUACAGCGUCACUCGCGCAUGCGCAAAGGGCGAGCUUGACAAGUGUGGUUGUGACAACAAGGUGAGGCGGCUCCAGGAGGAGCGGGGCUUCCAGUGGGGUGGAUGCUCGGACAACAUCCGCUACGGGGCGAGGUUUUCCAAGGACUUUGUAGAUUCUGUCGAGACGAAGCAAAAGGACCAUGGCAGCAUGAACCUUUGGAACAACGGUGCCGGCAGAAAGACAAUCAAGGACCAGAUCGACAUCCAAUGCAAAUGUCACGGAGUGUCCGGUGACUGCUCCGUCAGGAUCUGCUGGCGCAAGAUGCGCAACUUCCGUGAGAUUGGCGCCGCUCUCAAGGCCAAGUUUGACGGCGCCAGCUUAGUGCGCUUCGACAAGAGGCGUGGCCGGUUAAAGCGCGUAUCCGGCAAGCAGAAGCGGCCUACGAGGAAGGAUUUGGUCUAUUUGGCCGACUCCCCCGACUUCUGUGAGUACAACCUCAAGUACGGCUCCCUGGGCACGCGGGGACGUCAGUGUAACAAAACGAGCUAUGGGCUGGACGGCUGCACUCUCAUGUGUUGUGGCCGGGGCUAUCAGACGCUGGUCAGCGAGGAGGUGGAGGAUUGUGACUGCAAGUUCUAUUGGUGCUGCAAGGUUGUGUGUAAGAAGUGCACCAAUGUGAUGGAGAAACACUACUGCAACUAGCUCUAUUCCUCGCCACUUGACUAAGUGGCGUGAGAUUUGAGAGGAAACAAACUGUCUUGCACUACGUCGGUCUUUGAGAUUGCUGCAAAAAGUAAACCUCCGCUACACCCUGCAGCAGUUCUCAGGAAGAAGCAAAGCGCAAUUUGAGUUUACUGUCACAUAGUAGCCAAGCUAGAUCUAAGUCUCGAAAACAGAAUGGGAGCUGAGGUAAAGCACAAUAUGUGACUGUUCUUCUUCCUACAAUGGCUGUGUUGAAUACUUUGUUUACACUGUUGUCUUGAGAUUGUGACUCCUCAUGAACCAUGACUUCAUUCACGAACACACAUUGGUGAAAAGGUAUUUGCUACUGUUUCGUCAGUUUCCUCAUUACCUCAAGUUGGAUCAUGCUAUGACACUGACUUUGUGUAUUAUUGCUUUGUGCUGAUUGAUGCAACGGAGGUACUCACUCUUGUAACGGCUUGCAAGAUUUGUUUUCGAUCCACUUUUAACUUAUAAACGAUUCAUGGCCAUAUAUUUUGGCAAUUCAGUGGAGGGAGUGGUACCGCAAUGGAAUAAAAACGAUAUAUUACUAAAUGGUAUAGCAAUCCAUGUAAGUAUCAACUUGCCCUAAAGGCGCUGACAGAUGUUUAACCAAUGUGCAGUAUGCUAGCACUUUGCAAAAAGUUCUAUUUUAAACAGCUUUCAUUCACAUUAGUUAGCUUGUCAAAUCUUACCACUUAGGUGAGUAUGAUUUAAAAACGAGUCUAGUUUUAUUUUGAUAGAUGAAAGUACAGGCAUUGUGUCAUCUUUCCUCACUAUACCACCAACAAUAUUAUUUUCUUAUACCAUUAUUUGGUGUUCUAAUUUCAAGUCCAUUUCUAAAGACUGCAACAGAAUACUAGGCAUAUACAUGUUGGGCAUGCCUUAAACUACUGAACAGUAAAAAUACAACACGUUGAAAUAUUUCUAUUUUAUAAAGUUGGUGGCUUUUUGGCACUGGAUUUGGUUAAACAAAACAAACUGUCCAGUCUCAAGAUUUCCAAAUCGGCAGUUAAUUUGAAUUUGAGAAAAUGUAGUCUAUUCUGUUAUUGGUGACUGGAGGCAUUGGUAAAGAACUCCAUAAUCGGCACUCUAAAGAAUUCUGAAACAGUGCACCAUCAAAAGACAGAAGUGUUCUUUUAAAGACAUUUAUGGCUGUACAAAGAAAAGACCAAGCAAUUUGGUGUCACAGUGGAAGUACAAGACAAUCAUAACACAAACCACCAUUGAUGAACAGAAAUGAUGUCACUAUCAAGAUGAAUACGUAAUAUACCUCUGAUGACAAUACUGCAUCCAUCACAAUCAGCUCUGAACGGAGUUAAAGAUUAUACUCGAUGUACUAUGGAAUAUAUUCACGAUGGUGCCAAAAGGAAGAGGUAUGGGCCAUCUCUGAGCAAGAAAGCAUCGCAUCUGGCAGAGCAGAGGAGACCGGAGACUCUACUAGUGUUGUAUACACGUAGCUCUCCUGUUCGAAGAGGGCAAAAAACCCCACGCUAUCUGAUUUUAUUAUUCCUUUAACCAAAGUUUUAUGAAUGUUUUUUUUUUUUGUAUGCUGGUUUACCAAAGCAAUCGUUCAGUUGUACUGUUUUAUUUUAUACUUUUGAGAUAAGUAGUGAAUAACCCUAUUGUGAAUAAUGUUUGUGAAUAUUAUUACAGGCUUACGUUCGCCUGUUGCUGUCUCUUCUAUCUUAAUGGACUCUGAAUGGGUUACAUUGUAAGUUGGACUUUGGGAGAAUGCCGUGUGAACGAUUAAAGAGUAGAAUGUAUUUCUGUUUGAACGAUUGUUUUCCAAGCAUGUAAAGACGUAUUGAUUUAUUAGACUGAGAUGCAUGUAAACAAUGUAGCAUCAUAGUGGAGAAACACUGCUCUGGGUCUGAUUAUACAAUCAUUUGGAUUAAACUAGGAAUACUUCCAUAACAUAUUUUUUCUGUCGUUUUAUGUAAGUUGUGCUGUGACUUUAAAUGAAUCCAGGGUACUUUUGAAAGAUUACUAUCUGUCAUUUCCCUGGAGGGGAAGGGGGGGGGGGGGCAGGUGCCACGUGUAUUGACCACAUUGUAUAAUGUGUCGUAAGUUAACAGUUAUACGAAGAGCAACAGGGUUCAUCUUUAAUAAGUCACACACUAAAAAUAUGCACACAUCUAGCACGUUAUCCUCUCGGCUUCAGAUUUACGUUAAAAUUUUCAAAAAGCAGGGCAAUCGUGCAUUUUCAAAUUUCCUUUUAAAGAGCAUGAUGCAGUUAAGCACAAUGAUGCGUAAAUUAUUUUUAACCUUCAUCACAAUAUCAAUUUAAGUUACACUUUUUAAGGGGACCGUGUACAUCCAUAUGUUAACAAUAAAACAAUUAAAAGAAACAUGGGAUAUUUUAUAUGACAAAGCAAUAUAAAAAAAAAUCAAGCUCAGUCCCUCACUUAGUUUGUUGAAGUCUUUAACCUAUUAGCCCCCCCCCCCCCCCCCCCUGAAAAUAAGAAUAACAACCAAGGUCACAUAUCUUUUUGCCUUUUAAAAUAUAUCAACUUUUAAGAAGCAUAUUUCCCCCAGAAUUUGGAUACAAACACUCUAAGCAAGUUUGUGGUAGAUGCGCCCACAGACAAUACGGUUGUGUUCGUCCUUCACUGCUUUAUUACAGUCAUCAAAAGCGACCUUCCAUGUAUUCGGCUUUCCAGCUGGAGAAAAGCCCCCAUUGUCUCCAAAGUACUUUGCCUGACCAGCACCGUUUGUCUGACCCUUCCACUGACCAGGUUAAUGGCCGAAGCUGGAUUAUACCCGUCUUCUCGUGUUCUAACCACUGACUGUUGGAGAUCCCGCCCGCAAAAUUUAUAACAGCUGAUAGUCCUUCCAAGAUCUACUGCGUGGAAUUAUACCCUUAGGAAGACUUUUCUCAAAACGAACCGCCGGCAACGUCUGCUCAUGUGCUUUGUCUUUGGCAGGUUAACCAUGAUUUUUAUCGUAGCUGUUUAAUAAAUGCGUCCCCUCGUCUUGUUGUUGGAUCAGAAUAGGCAUAGUCACUUUGUGUUCAUCAAUGAUUAACUAAAUCAAAUUAAACUUCUGUUUUCUAAUUUUAUUUGUGAACCCGUUCUCUUUUAUGUUUAUUCGUAUGUUUUAUUAACUUAAAAAAAUAAUUUUCUGCUUUUUUCAUUUUGUUUUAUUUAUUUUUGAUAGGGUGUAAGGGUUGACACAACCGACUUAUGUUGUGUAAAAGCUCUCUAUCUGAUAUAGAACUUUUUAUUAGAUGCAAAUAUCUAGUUUUGAGAAGGGAAAAUUGAGGGCACUUAAAAAAUUUUCGAGAUCCUUGAGACAUAUAAGUAAGUACAUAGAUGCAAAUUUUCCCUUAGUAUGGAACUCUUUAGCUAAGAGUGGUUAGAAAAUGUGAAAAUCGUCAUGGUGCUGAACAAAAUAAUGGCCAAAGUAUUUUUCUCUUUUAAGAAAACUUUACAAAACCAACAUUCUCUUUUUUUCAAUAAAGAUGACUUAGGUCAUUUGGAAAUUCUUUUUUUUAAAGUGUUGGCACUUUAAAAAGUAUAUAGAAACAUGCAGGAGUUAUCACAUAAUUCAAUUCUGUAUCAAUUCACAUAAUAUGUGCUAAGUCUGCCUAAGCCUUGCUAAGCACCAUGACGAAACGAGAAGACGAGAUACAUCGUAAAAUCAUCACUGCUCCCACAAAUGAAGCAGGAUAUUGUAUCAUUUCAGUUAGUCAUUAUUCUCCCUUUUCAGAGCCCUUUAUCUUUAAUCUUCGGAUGAAAAGAUCUUUUGUCUGCAUUUAAUGCGAAAUUCUGCAAGAAAGUUGGAAUAGUCUCUUCCAAUUGCAAAUUACGUGAAGGUAAUUUUCACGGCAAUUAUUUUUUAUGAUAUUUGUAUGCAUUACUGGCUAUGUAUUCCCAUGUUGCGUAUAGGAAGGCUCUAACUACCGUGUAUGGUUAUAUUUGACGUUUACAGUUCUAGACAAGUACAGUUUUGCACAUAAAUUAAAGGUUUGAAAGAGACUAAAGCCCGUGUUCAUAAGGCCACUGUAUGUACAGCAAUUGUCGAUAUCUUUGCAACAAAAGUCGAUAUAUGUAAAUAGACAAGUUAACAAAGUAGAUUUCACAAAAGAAGAAAAAA